UCGCAAACUGCAAGAAGUUGGGCGGAUAGUUUGAGGUGCCGUGUGUGUUGGAGAGAGAGGCCCAAGGUUUCUGGCAUCUGGCCGAGAGAAGGUGGGAUUUUAGCACGUUGAACUUGGACCCAGGUUGGAUUAGCGACCCAUUCUCAUUCCCCCCCCACCGUUUCACAUCCACCGACCGAGGGACACUCCAGCCUCUCCUACCGACCCGCGCAAGGGAGCCGCUCAGAAGAGAUUGAGAGAGAGACACACACACACAGAGGGGGCGAAUUUCUGCUCGGGUCGAAGGAGAAACGGAGAGAGAGAGAAGCCUCCCGACACUCCCACCACCAAACCCUGGAUUUGUACAAUGGGAACAGGCGCCAAGGUCCAUCUGAGCUGACCCGGAUUGCUCCAGCGAGACGUUAGAGGACACUUCCUCCCAGUCUGCUCGAGACCCUGGGUCACCCUCUGGCACCUGCAAUGAGUUACGGUUGACGGUGUUUUGUGAACCGGACUGCCACUUCCGUCAAGCUGAUGCGUAACCUCCAUGGUCAGGAUGGAUCAGGAGAGUGAGGUUGACUUGUCCAAUCUCGCCAUAACCCCACUGUGGCGAAGGAGAAGGUCAACUCCCAAAUCGCCCAUCACUGGCCCUUUUAAUCAUCGGACCAAGGCGAGGCCCUCUUCCUACCAAGCUGAUGGCGUCAUGGUGACUGACUUUCCAGUCGAUGGCGGCGUGACCGCUGUCCACUCCAGUAACGGGAAUGUGGUAACUUCUCCGAACUGUCGGCCCUUGCUGCAGAGGCAGGCGUCCACCCAGUCUCUUCCCGUGCCCGACAAGCACCGCUUUAUCCUGAGCACUAACAGCGCCGUCUCGUUGAAGAACGGCACCCAGCAAAUCAUUCCCAAAGACCUGGCGUCGGGAAUCAAAGUCAAGAACCAUCACCCAAACAGCCACAGCCGGCCUUUCAGUGGCAGGAGCCGGAGAGUGCAGAGUAUGCUGGAGACCCCCAGCGCCCCUCUGGUACCCAAACUGGAGGUGGACGGAGAUACUGACCCUGAGCUGGACAGCCCUGGACAACUCCGUCGGGGGCUAAGGUCCACCUCGUACAGAAGGGCAGUGGUCAGCGGGAUUAAUUUCGACAGUGCAGCGAACGUGAAGACGAAUAACCGGAGGUCCCAACCCAAUCUCAAGACUGUAGUCGAGGACAAGGAGAAAUUCUCCAGCUUGGCCAAAGUGAAGGAACAAGAAAGGAAGGAACUGACGAUCCAGGGCCCAUUCAACGGAGAAGAAAAUGCGGUCCUUUACCAGAACUAUAAGGAGAAGGCACUGACUCUGAAUAACGGGGAUUCGGACGACGACUCAGAUCAAAAUGUCCAGCUGGAGGAACAGAGGUCGGAGGAGAAGAUUGUCGUGCAGUUUAAGCCAAUUCGCUCUACCUGGAGCCAGCUCUCAGUGGUGAGGAAGAGUGGGAUUUUACAGACCGUCAGCCAAGAGGAGAGGAAGCGUCAGGAGGCCAUUUUUGAAGUGAUAUCAUCGGAGCACUCCUAUAUGCUGAGCCUAGAGAUCCUGAUUCGUAUGUUUAAGAACUCCGAAGCAUUGAACUUAACCAUGACCAAAACCGAGAGGCAUCAUCUGUUUUCCAACAUCGUCGACGUGCACAGGUCCAGCAGCAAGUUCUUCAAGGAGCUCGAAGCCAGGCAUCAGCAGGAUGCUGUCAUUUCCGAUAUCAGCGACAUCGUGGAGAAGCACGCUGCGUCCACCUUUGAACCCUACGUGACGUACUGCUCGAACGAGGUCUACCAGCAGCGCACACUUCAGAAGCUCCUAAAUACAAAUCCAAACUUCAAAGAGGUCCUGAUGAAGAUUGAAGCCCACCCUGAGUGCAGGAACCUGCCCAUGAUCUCAUUCCUCAUUCUGCCGAUGCAGCGAGUCACUCGAUUACCUCUCCUGAUGGAUACCAUUUGCCAGAAAACUCCAAAGGACUCGCCUGAGUAUGAAUGUGCCAAGAAAGCGUUGCAGUCUGUUAGCAAGCUGGUGCGUCAGUGCAAUGAAGGGGCUCGGCGGAUGGAGCGGACAGAGAUGAUGUACACCAUUAACAGUCAACUGGAGUUCAAGAUAAAGCCGUUUCCUCUGGUCUCUUCAUCCCGCUGGCUGUCGAAGAGAGGUGAGCUGAUUGGUUUUGUCGAGGACACGGGGAUCUUUUCCAAACGAACCUCCAGGCAGCAGGUCUACUUCUUCCUGUUCAACGACGUUCUCAUUGUGACAAAGAAGAAAAGUGAGGACAGCUACAUUGUGACAGACUACGCCAUGAGAAGCCAGCUACAGGUGGAACCCUGUGAGGCAGAGGAACUGAACCUAUCGCCCAUGAAGACUGCGUCUGGCAUGUUGUAUUCCCGGCAGUGCUCAGUCAGUUACCUCUUCCGGCUCACCAUGCUCAGUAACCAUGCCGGUGAGAAGGUGGUGAUGGUGUUUGGGGCGGAUUCACCAUGAAGCAGGGAGAGAAUGGACACAUCUUGAAGAGAUGAAAGGAAGAUCUUUCCGAUUUGUUCAGUGCUUACCUGAGCUUUCACAGCUGGUUUAUUCCAAUGAAAUCAAUGGAAGGGAAGGAUUUGAGCUCCACCAAAGCUGGAGGUGAACUAUCUGGUGAGCAUGUUAC